ACGUUUAAAUUUUUUGUCUGAAUCGCUUAAAUCUCUUUAGUUUUUAAAGUAUUUAUAUUUUGUUCAAAGUGGCCAUUCAAAUCACCUAAGCAAAAAUAUGUCUUCCGAAAUAAUUGUUACCAAACGUAUCAAUCAAAUUGAUCAAAAUACGAGGAAUAUCAUUGUAAUCGGUGUUGUCAUAGCCAAAGGUGAAGCACGUUACUUCGAAUCGACUGGUGGAUCCUACUCCGGCACCCGGGGAGUGCUGACACUAACAAUCCGUGACAGCGAACGAGACACCAUCAACUGCACUAUAUGGGCCACCCAGGUUAUGAUAGAUUCGUUCGAUAAUCUAUUUCAUAUCGGCGAUGUGGUCAACAUUACUCGACCCAAAGUGCUUCUGUCCAGUCACGAUCGAUCGGAACAGUACAAUCCGAGAUCGACUUCACAGUACAGCUUGACGCUGUCAGAACAGGAUGACUGCAAAAUUAAGCUUCACGAAGGCUCAGGCAUAGAACGUAUGAAGAAAUUACUGACGGUGGCCCCAGUUUCGGCUGCAGAUACCUAUCCGCUGGCAGAUAUAGCUGCGGGGGGCCAAUCAGCAACGGGACAAAACGUUAACAUAAUGGUAGUCGUGCGAAGCGUUCGACCUCGGAAACAGAUUGUCGUAGCCAAAUCUGGAAAGUUAAAAUAUUUUCGAGAGGUAAUCAUUAUGGAUGCUAGCCAUUCAGCUAUGGCCAUGCGUUUUUGGAAUGCCGAAUACAUUGAAAGAAUUGAUCAAUGGACUCCGAUGACCACAGUUUUACUUAUCACCGACGUUCGAAUCGAUUACAAUCAGUACUACAAAACCGUAUGUUUGGGUAUGAGCAGUAAAACGAUUAUAACCGAGGAUCCUGCGCUUGAAGCCACCGAUAGGCUAUUAGUUAAUGUUAUGAAAGUUCCUACUCAGGAGUUGGACAUUCUAAACUGUAGCCACUAUGGUGCUCCUGAUCCUAUCUCAAUAACAGCUGUUAUGACAAUACAGCAGAUUCUGGAUCGAGCCGAAGGAGACCUCAAAGGCGAGGAAGAACACUUUACUGCGUUAUGUUACGCAGUAGUAACUCGUUUUGAUUUGGACGGCUGCUCCAAAUUGACCAGUAGACGAUGCCUCAACUGUAAAACAAUCUUGCGCCUCUCGGAACCACGCUGCUCUCGGAAUGAGUGUUCAAGUUUGCCGGAGAACAUCAGUACCUAUUUUGACAUCCCGAUGGAUAUCACCGAUCAUACCGGUACAUUGACGAAUUGCCAUCUCAUGAAUCAAGCAGCCGAAAACACCCUGAACUGCAAACUUGAAGUGUUCCAGCGAAUGGCCGAUCAGCAGAAAGGCAAACUCAAAUGGAAAUAUUUACUUGAACGGUGUGCCUUAAAGAUCGUUAUCAAACGUAAAUCGAUGGUACGAUUUAAGACCGACUAUUCGAUCAUCGAGUGCGCCUUAGCUACGGCUCGAGAUGUGGAAUCUAGGAUAAAAGUCUAUUAGAUUAAACAUACCCGAAAAUGUUCCAAAUCCUAUAAGUACAUCAAAUAUCACAAAGAGGUGAUAUUGUUAACGUCCUACAACUUCAUUGUUGCCAAACAUCAUUAUCGUUAUCAUUAGUGCCAACAAUUUUCGUUAUUUUUUCUUUGGCCGACAGAAUUUCAAAAUAAUUUUCCGCGUAUCAAUCAAA